GACCAUAUAAACAGAGUUCCUCUGGGACUGCUUUGCAAAAUCAGUCUUAGGGGAAGGAGUGCAUUUUCUUCUUCACAAUGGCGCGGAGGAAACUUAUGGCUAGGCUCCGGAGGAGCAAUUUGUACACAUUUUCGCAUAUUAAUCGCGCACAUCAUCAAUCAGCUCAACAAGACAUCAUUGAUUUUGGAUAUCCAAGAACGAUAUACUGCAACCAAAUAUUCCAACCAUUUCAAAAGAGGAGCUUGAUAUAUUGUGGCAAUGAUAUAUCUACCACAAAAUAUAGUGUUGCCACAUUUUUACCAAAAGCCCUUCAUGAGCAAUUCAACCGGGUGGCCAAUAUUUAUUUUCUCAUUGCGGCUGUCCUAUCCACCACCCCCUACGGUCCAUUCUCGCCUUUUAGUGCAAUUGCACCUUUAGCCUUUGUUGUAGGGUUAAGUAUGGUGAAAGAAUUGAUGGAAGAUUGGCGGAGGUUCUUGCAAGAUCACAAGGUUAACAUGCGCGAUGCUGAUGUGCAUAUUGGGGGUGGCUUUUUUGGGAUAAAACCUUGGAAAGAAGUGAUGGUUGGAGAUGUUAUAAAAGUUCAUAAGGAUCAGUUUUUUCCUGCUGAUUUACUGCUACUGUCAUCUGUUUAUGAUGAUGGGAUGUGUUACGUGGAGACGAUGAAUUUAGAUGGAGAGACAAAUUUGAAGGCAAAAAGGGCUCUAGAGGCUACAAUGGGGUUGGUUGAGGAUGGAUAUUUCAAAGAUUUUAAUGAUGCUAUUAUUAGAUGUGAAGAUUCGAAUUCUAGUCUUUAUACUUUUGUGGGAAAUAUUGAAUAUGAUCAUAAAGUGUAUAAUCUUGAUCCCAAUCAAAUUCUUCUACGUGAUUCAAAGUUGAGGAACACAGACUAUGUCUAUGGAGUUGUUAUAUAUACAGGCCAUGAAACAAAAGUUAUGCAAAAUUCUACCAAGUCUCCUUCGAAGAGAAGCAGGAUUGAGAAGCAGAUGGAUAAAAUUAUUUACAUUCUUUUUACACUCCUAAUUUUGGUAUCAGCUGUGAGCUCCAUAGAAUUUGCUUAUAUGACAAAAUCAGAUAUGCCUGACUGGUGGUACUUAAAAGCCCCUGAUCGAAAUCAUUUGUAUGAUCCUGAUCAGCCCGUUACCUCAGGCGUUUACCAUCUAAUCACUGCACUGAUUUUGUAUGGUUAUCUGAUUCCUAUUUCUCUCUACGUUUCAAUUGAGCUUGUGAAAGUUUUGCAAGCAAGUUUCAUUAAUAAAGAUGUGAAUAUGUAUGAUUAUCAGACUUUAACUCCCGCACAAGCACGGACAUCAAAUUUGAAUGAGGAGUUAGGGCAAGUUGACACAAUUCUGUCUGAUAAAACAGGAACAUUGACAUGCAAUCAGAUGGAAUUUCUCAAGUGUUCUAUAGCUGGGAUUGCAUAUGGAAAGCGAUCUAGUGAAGUUGAGCUGGCUGCUGCUAAGAAGAUGGCUAAGGAUCUUGAUGGAAAUGACCCGGAUUUCAUGAGCUUUCAAGUUUCAAAAUCCAAUGAAGUGGAAUUGGAGUGUGUGAUCACAUCAAAUGGUAAUGAGAAUAGUGACGAUGCAACUGCAAUAAGAGGAUUUAGCUUUGAGGAUGAUCGUCUGAUGAAUGGGAAUUGGUAUAAAGAAAAAUAUGCUGAUUUUCAUUUAUUAUUUUUUCGGAUACUUGCAGUUUGUCACACUGCUAUUCCGGAGUUAAAUGAUGAAACAGGCGCAUUAACUUAUGAAGCAGAGUCACCUGAUGAAGGAUCUUUUCUUGUUGCAGCCAGAGAAUUCGGGUUUGAGUAUUCUAGAAGAACUCAUGCAAGCAUCUUUGUACGUGAGAUGGAGCCUUCAACUGGAGAAACUAUCGAGAGGGAGUUUAAGCUUCUCAAUUUGUUGGAUUUUACUAGCAAAAGAAAGCGAAUGUCUGUCAUUGUGCGUGACGAGGAGGGGAAGAUUUUCCUCUUAUGCAAAGGUGCAGACACAAUUAUCUUUGAUAGAUUAUCAGAAGAGGGAAGAAUGUUUCAAGAAUCUACAACAAAGCAUCUUCAUGAUUAUGGGGAUGCAGGGUUGCGCACACUUGUGUUUGCUUAUAGAAAGUUAGAAGAGGCGGAUUUUAAUGCCUGGAAUGAUGAGUUCAUGAAUGCUAAGAAUAACAUGUCUAAUGAUAGGGAUGAAACACUUGAACGUUUAUCGGAUGAAAUGGAGAAGAAUUUGAUACUUGUUGGUGCGACAGCUGUGGAGGACAAACUCCAGAAAGGAGUGCCUCAGUGUAUAGACAAGCUUGCACAAGCUGGUCUCAAAAUAUGGGUUCUGACAGGUGAUAAAAUGGAAACAGCAAUCAAUAUUGGAUUUUCAUGCAGUCUUCUCCGUCAAGGGAUGCAACAAAUUUGCAUAACUACGAAUGAUCAAGACACAAUGCAAGGUAUAAAAUCAGAUAUUAUGAUGCAAAUCACCAGUGGCACAAAAAUGAUAAACGUAGAGAAAGACCCUCAUGCUGCAUUUGCCUUGAUCAUUGAUGGUAAAACGUUAACUUAUGCUUUAGAGGAUGAAGUGAAGCAUCAGUUCUUGCACCUUGCAGUCCAUUGUGCAUCUGUAAUAUGUUGUCGUGUGUCUCCUAAGCAAAAAGCAUUGGUAACAAGGUUGGUAAAAGAAGGGACGGGGAAGACAACACUGGCUAUUGGAGACGGAGCAAAUGAUGUAGGAAUGAUUCAAGAAGCUGAUAUCGGUGUAGGCAUUAGUGGAGUUGAAGGAAUGCAAGCUGUAAUGUCAAGUGACUUUGCGAUAGCACAAUUCAGAUUUCUUGAGAGACUUCUUGUAGUUCAUGGACAUUGGUGCUACAAAAGAAUUGCACAAAUGAUAUGCUAUUUCUUCUACAAGAACGUGGCUUUUGGCCUUACAAUCUUCUAUUAUGAAGCCUGCACAGGUUUCUCAGGUAGCUCCAUAUAUGACGACUGGUACAUGAUUCUAUACAACGUUGCUGUUACAUCUUUGCCGGUGAUUUCACUUGGUGUGUUUGAACAAGAUGUCACGUCCGAAAUCUGCUUACAGUUUCCAGCACUCUACCAACAAGGCCCUCAAAACUUGUUUUUUGGAUGGUAUCGAAUCAUCGGCUGGAUCUGCAAUGGAGUGUAUACAUCCCUAGCCAUAUUUUUUCUCAAUAUUAUAGCCUUCACUUAUGACCCUUUUCGCUCAGAUGGUCAAACAACUGAUAUGAGCAUUGUUGGAGCAGGAAUGUUCACUACAAUUGUUUGUGCGGUAAAUGUUCAAAUAGCUCUUGCAUUGAGUCACUUCACUUGGAUACAACACAUUCUUAUAUUGGGCAGCGUUAUAGUUUGGUUUGUGUUUCUUGUAAUCUACGGGGGAAUGCCCCCAGAAUAUUCACACAGUGCCUUCCAUGUCUUUGUGGAGACAUUAGCCCCUUCACCGAUAUUCUGGAUAAUCUCGGUUUUAGUAGUGGUGGCAUGUAACUUCCCAUACUUCAUACAUAUUGCUUUCCAGAGAUCGUUUCAUCCGAUGGAUCAUCACGUUAUUCAGGAGAUGGUGUACUACAACAAACACGUCGAAGAUCAUCAAAUGUGGAAAAGAGAAAGAAGAAAAGGAAGAAGAAAGGCUAAAUUUGGAUUCACUGCAAGAGUUGAUGAAAAGAUUAGGCAAUUAAAACAUAAGCUCCAUGGGAGACCCUCUACUCUCACUUUGGACAGUCCGCAGCAUGUAUAGUUCCAUAGUGUAACCAAAAUUUCACCAUAGGACAAUUCUUUAAGUAAUUGUAAUUAAGUUUAUUAAGACACAGAAAGUCAU